AUGCCCUUCUUAGAAAAGGUGUUAUUCAUUGUUGUGGGAAUUUCUGCUGCAUAUGCUGAACCCAAGAAAACCAAACGUGGUGUCUUUGGGGAACACAAUUCUGUAGGAGGAAUUCCACCACCACAAUAUGGUCCGCCAGGUGUAGGAGUUCACGCACAUGGUCCAGGUACUGGUAAUCUUCAUGGAUCCAAUGUCCCAGGUAUAGGCGGUCCAAGUAGUGUGGGUUUUGGAGGACCUAGUGGUCCUGAUUUCGGAGGUCCCAAUGGUCCAAGUUUUGGAGGACCUAGUGGUUCAGGUUUUGGAGGACCCAGUGGUCCCGGUUUUGGAGAUCCUAACGAUCCAAGGUUUGGAGCUUCUAAUGGCCCAGCAUUUGGAGGUCCCGGUGGUCCAGGUUUUGGAGAUCCUGGUAGUUUAGGCUCACGAGGUCCUCUACGAGGUCCUCAAGUAGGUCCACCUCAACCCUUAGGUACAUCUGUGGACUUGGGGAAAGAAGUACUACGACAAAUCAAAGUAAUACACAAAGUAGGCCAUCAUUAUGCUAUACCUAUCGGUGUUCCAUACGAUCGGGCAGUACCUGUAAAAAUUCCAAAACAUGUUAAUGUUCCAACGCCUUUAAAUAUUCCUGUACCUGUACCUGUUGAAGUUAAAGUUCCAGUUUUUAAAGAUAUUCCUAUACCAGUGGAAACUAGAGUACCAGUCCCAGUUGAAGUAAACCGCGUUAAAAUACCUGUUCGAGUGCCCGUAAAAAUUAUCCAUAAAAAACCUGUUCCGAUAACUAUUAUUAAAAAGAUCCACGAACCAGUACAUUAUCCUAUUGUAGUUAAAAAGCAUGUACCAGUAGUUGAGAAGACGAUUCUAGUACCGCUUAAACAUGGUUGGAGCGAUAAUAAGUGGAAAUAG